AUGUCUGACGAACAUUCCACCGACCUUCCUCCACUCGAUUACUUCCCGCCGUCGCCCAAGCGAGAGCUCCCUAUAGAUCUGAAAGACAGAGCUGCAGGGCUUGAAGUGGAGAUGGCCAAAUGGUCAGUGGAACUGGAAGAUGCGACGUUGCGCAUGUACCCAGACAAUCUGAUUGAGAGAAGUUACCGUCUACGGUGA